CUCGCCUGCAGUUCUGUGCCUUUCUGAUUAAAUGUUUGACUACCCUCCCGACGAUGCCUGUGGAAAGUGUGCCAAUCCGAGACUUGGCCUUCCAUCGUCGACUGCUGCAGGAAUACUUGAUUUUGUUAAAGAAAUACCCAAUUCUCACUAAAUCUGUGACCAGUGGAAUUCUGUCUGCCUUGGGAAAUCUGCUUUCUCAAGCACUAGAGAGAAGGAAAAAGUCUAAAAAUUUAACGAAGGACAUUGAUUUUCUGGGACCUGCACGGUUUGCAGUUUAUGGAUUAUGUGUCACGGGACCAUUGAGCCAUUACUUCUACCAGCUGUUGGAGUUGCUCUUUCCCUCCACUGUGCCAUACUGCAUGCUGAAGCGGCUGCUGCUGGACCGCCUCAUUUUCGCCCCAGCCUUCCUCCUGCUCUUCUUCUUCAUCAUGAACAUCUUGGAGGGUAAGAAAUGGUCAGCGUUCCAAGGCAAAGUUAGAGCAGGAUACUGGCCAGCCCUGAAGAUGAACUGGAAAGUAUGGACCCCUUUUCAGUUUAUCAACAUCAACUAUGUGCCAGUACAGUUCCGGGUGCUGUUUGCCAACCUGGUGGCCUUAUUUUGGUAUGCCUACCUUGCUUCUGUGAGGAAGUGAAGCCUCCAAAAUCUUCCUCCAGUUGGCUGAAUUCAGCACAGGAUGUACAUAUUUUACAAGGACAUGCCUUUAACAUAGGCCUGUUAGUACUAAUGUGUGUGCUGGGAAGACAACCAGGACAACUCUCUGUGGUUAACUGUAUCCAGUGCUGUGGUGGAUUAAACUGACAUCCACUAAUGAAGCAGGGCUUUCAAUGCAUUCAUGUGCAAUGAAAUUUUAGGAGGGCCAUUUUCAGCCAUAUGGACUGAAUGUAAUUUAAGUGUUGAUCAAAGACAGUGCUCUGAGUCAUUCACAUUUUGCCUCAUGUCUUAAAAAUCAAUGGAUAUUUUAAUUUAGGAAGUACUGAAAAAUGUUUCACGCAAAGCAGUUGUUAAUUUCAUUUCAUGUGUAAACUAAACACAGUUUGAUUGUACACUAUUAACAAUAAGGAGUGUUGUACUGUGCACUUUAAUAUUGCCUCAUUUUUAUUGCUUAUGCUUAAAAGCAAAGACUGCUGUUACUUUACUUGUCCAUUCAUGCUUUACAUAGAAACUCGAUCCAGUUACUGUUGUUGCUUCAUCAUUUCUAGGUCGG